GAGGCCGGGGCGACUGGAGCCCGCGCGGCGACCGCAGCGAGGGCGGCGGGAACAGAGCAGACCACGACGAAGGCGCACAGGCAGCCAGGCCGGGCCGGGCCACGGGAAGAGCGGCCGCCGGGAAGCAGGCGGGAGGCCGGGCGGGCAGCGGGCAGCCGCCGAGCCGCGCGCCGAGCGACAUGGUGCUGCUCAAGGAGUAUCGAGUCAUCCUACCUGUGUCUGUAGAUGAGUACCAAGUGGGGCAGCUGUAUUCUGUGGCUGAGGCCAGUAAAAAUGAAACUGGUGGAGGUGAAGGUGUGGAGGUCCUGGUGAAUGAGCCCUAUGAGAAGGACGGUGAGAAAGGCCAGUACACCCACAAGAUCUACCACUUACAGAGCAAAGUACCCACGUUUGUUCGAAUGCUGGCCCCAGAGGGAGCUCUGAAUAUACAUGAAAAAGCCUGGAAUGCCUACCCUUAUUGCAGAACUGUCAUCACAAAUGAGUACAUGAAAGAAGACUUUCUGAUUAAAAUUGAAACCUGGCAUAAACCUGAUCUCGGCACCCAGGAGAAUGUGCAUAAACUGGAGCCUGAGACAUGGAAGCAUGUGGAAGCCAUAUAUAUAGACAUCGCAGAUCGAAGCCAAGUACUUAGCAAGGAUUACAAGGCAGAGGAAGACCCAGCAAAAUUUAAAUCUAUCAAAACAGGCAGAGGACCAUUGGGCCCAAAUUGGAAGCAAGAACUUGUAAAUCAGAAAGACUGCCCAUAUAUGUGUGCAUACAAACUGGUUACUGUCAAGUUCAAGUGGUGGGGCCUGCAGAACAAAGUGGAAAACUUUAUACAUAAGCAAGAGAAGCGUCUGUUUACAAACUUCCACCGGCAGCUGUUCUGCUGGCUUGAUAAGUGGGUUGACCUGACUAUGGAUGACAUUCGGAGGAUGGAAGAAGAGACAAAGAGACAGCUGGAUGAGAUGAGACAAAAGGACCCAGUGAAAGGAAUGACAGCAGAUGAUUAAAGCCACCCCUCUCCCUUCUGCACUUUUUGCAAGACAGUGGUCAACAGGAAGGCCCAGCAGCUCCACCCUCCUGAUGAGUGGCAGGCCAACUUCGGAUGCAGCCUUUCUGUGCCCAUUCUUCAGGCAACUUUCAGUCCCUUACUGUAGCUAAUUCUAGAUGCCCUUUAAUAUUGUGAACAAAUAGACCGUCUGGUAUUACAAAGCCACAUGUGCGUGCGGGAGCCUGCUCCUCUGAGAUACAUGACGUAGGUUGCUGUAUUUACAGCUCCUCUCUCUCUCUCUCUCUAUUGUGUUAUGACCCAUUUUUGUGUGUUCCCUUAACCUUCAUUUCCAAGUGACAUUUUAAGUCUUUCAAAUUAUAGCUGCCUUUUGUGAUGCUGUGAUUUAAGUUCGUUUGUUUUCAGCCUUGGGUGAAACUGAGGUAUUUUACUUCCUGGGCAGAUCUUUGGGAAUUUUGAGUGUUUGUUCCCAAGGGGAGAGAAGAUGACUUAGGCAGACAGGGAGAGAGGAUGAGUUAUAAGUACAGAGACCUUUUCACCCCAGUUAUGCACCAUAGGAAUGUGGCUUCAUAACUCUGAUCCCUGCAACAUGUAGCCUGUUGUUAGAGUGCUCUAAGCACUAAGGAGCUGCUUAGGCCCAAGGCCUAGCCAGGCUCUAAGGAAAUUUAGCAAAUGUUGAAGAACUACCCCAGUCACUACAUCUCUGGUUACAUAUUCUUAGGAACAGCCCUGGCUUCUUAGCCCUCCUGUUGCCCACUCUGUCUGAAUUUCUCUGCAGAGCCUGCAGAAAACCCCAGUCACUCCCUGCCCAGAGGCAAUUGUCGUGUGGCCCCUAGAGUUGGGUCUGCCCACAGACACUGAUCUGUCUGACACCUGAGGAGCUCUGUGUGUCCAUGCUCCUCUUCCCUUUGGGGCCGGUGCUGCCACUCAGCAAUAAUCCUCUUUUCUGUGUGCUUUCUUAGAUCCUGGUCCUCUAUCCUUGAGGCUGGGUAGGAUGUUAGAGUCCUGACUUUUCAUGCUGCCCCAAAAUGAGCAUGCAACAAGCGUUUUUUUAUUUUUAUUUUUCUUCUUUCUAGUAGAACAUGUACCCUCUUGUCUCCAAUUUCUGGAAAGCAAUUUGUAGAUCAAGAACUCAGCUUGUCCUGCCCCCAUGCUGAGUUCUGUCCUGGACAAUCAAAAGCAAGCAGUGACCGUAGCCUGGACUCUUCCACAGUAGACUAGUGAAGAAGCCCAGGCUCCAGGAGAGAAGUUGUGGGUUCUUCCUAGUUUCUUCAGCUGGGCAGAGCCCAAGCAUACCUUCCUGGAGGGAAACAGACAGCGAGACAGCAGUGGUGUCAGCUGUUAUUUCCCAAACUAUGUGAAGUCAGUUGGCUUGAGUAUCCAGGGAUCCAAGCCCAUACUAGCCUGGGUGCCUCUGUAAGACCAAAUCUCUGCUGGGGGAGUGAGAAGUGGUAUGGAAUAAUUUAUCCUUAUGCUUCUGUCAGUUUGUUUGCCUUAUUCAUUUCUAAGUGCAAUAAGGGACUGUCUGACAAGACUGCACCUGUGACAUCCUGAUCGGAUUUUUCCCUCUGGUCAUCCUGGAACAAGUGUGGACAGAUUUGGAUCCCUCAGCAUGAUUAGUUCUGACCUUCAUUGAGGUCCCUUUGGGAUAAGAAGAUGUCCUAUUACAGAACCCUUCCUCUGUAUUAAUUUCCUCAUCUUGUGGGGUCUUUCGUAAUGGAUUGGGGCAUUUUGGUUUGUGAUUACCAUCUCAACUGCUGGUGGCAUGUAUUCGACUGGGAAAGUUGGGGAAAAGGCAUUCCUAUUGGAGAAAAAUGUAAAUGUUUUCCUAUAAGCUCUGUAUUACCUAUCAAUUAUAUUUGUGCUUAAAGUUUUUCUUUCUUCAUUCAUCAACUAGGUGAAGUCCAGAUGUGAGUUGUCUUGGGAGAAAAUGAUACCCUAAGCAGUUUAUGUGGUAUGAGGGUCAGAAGAUGUUCGUCUCCUUCCUUUAUUUAGCACUUUGAGAUUCACACAUAUCACAUUAGCUCUCAUCGGGGCUCACUCUUUAUCUGCCUUUGCUCUGGCUCCUGCCUCCGAUUGCCCACAUUUGAAUGUAUCCAAAUAAGCUGAGCUACAAUUCCCUGAGAUCAGCCUGGGUCUGGGGCUCUUGCAUAUAAGCAGACAUAAAGGAGUGAUAUCUCUGGUCUGUCCCAUCCCUGUGGAUGGUGUUGCUGCUGGGCAACAGUGUUGGCUUCUUUUAAGUACUUGCCUCCUUAGCCACCCCAAAGCUGACUAGCACUCACAGAGGCUUAUGCUCAAAGGCUUAGCUCUGAUGAAACCUAAGAGUGUGUCAUGCCCCUUGCCCCCAUUAAAUUUCCAGGGUCUCAGUCACAACUGAAAGCAGCAGUGCCUCUGCAUGAGGCUGCUGGGCUCUGGCCUUUAUGGAGAGAGGUUGGGGAGGGGCAGGGUCAGUAUUGUGGGCACAUGUCUAUCUUCCCAAAUUGUUUUUACAGUCCCUGCCAGGACUCCUUGACUGAUUUUGAUUGGUUCCUAGUGCUACUUCUUUUACAAACUCCACUUUAUAGGACUGAUUAGAUCACCUUGUUUAUUUAAUGUGAGUUUGUGCCUUUUUGUCUCAAUCUUCCAAUAUAGGUAUAUUGGGGGAAGAAACAGUCUAAUAAAAUCCUAGACAGAG